CAACUGUGGGCAGUCCAGCGGGCCGAUGAUGCCACCAGAGCCCGAGGGCUCGUGGCAGGCGCCUAGGCAGGGUGAAGCCAGCCCUAUUAAAUGGCCAGACAAAAAUAAAGUGUUUACCUAUAUACCUACCACAUUUCUUUGAUUACAAAGUUUCCAGUGCAUGCAUGCCCACAGAGGCACUUCGCUGCGAAGAUCGCAAUGCUGUCGGCUCUAAGGUAGUCGACUGUUCCAGAUUAGAUGUGAAUGUCAUCUGUUCCAUAAAAAUAUUCCAGGGCUCCGAGUUGACCUCAGUUACGCUUGCCCGCUGAUUGAAGUAUAUUACGAGACUCCAAGCCGGACAGCCCUUCACACAGCAGUCGCACUCUACGUUCACAUUGAAAAAGAUACCCUGCGCAACUGCAUCUGAGAAGAACAAUGGCCGCCAGCAAUGUGACCUGCUCGACGCAAACCAGCGGUAAUGCUUCGAGGCUUCGCCGCUUCGAAGGCAUCUUGUUUGGCGACACGUUCGACGAGUCUCGGAUUCGAUCAGCGAUACAGUAUGAGCCUCGGGCCGGUGACGUGUUCGUCGUGGGCUUCCCGAAGACGGGCACAACUUGGUUGCACUUCACGGUGCGGCACCUGCUCAACAAAGACGACGAGACGCCGCUGGAGAGCGCUGCGGCCUGCAUGCCCAGGGUUUCAUUCCUCGAAAUCGCCGGUGGCGAGAAUGUCGAGUCACUGCGCAGGCCUGGCGCUGUCAUCAAGACGCACUUGCCCUUCGAGAACGUACGCUUCUCGGAAAACGCCAGAUAUAUCUACGUGCUGCGUAACCCGUACGACACCUGUGUGUCGUACUACCACCAUAUGCGAAGGAAUUCGUCGGAUUUGAGCGACAUGAGCUUUGACGACUUCUUCGAGCAGUUCAUCGACGGCUAUGUUCACCCGAACGACUACUUCGACCAUUUGACAUCCUGGCUGGCUCAAAGGUCAAAGGCCAACUUUCUCUUCAUCACGUACGAGGACAUGAUAAGAGAUCCGCGCUCCAGCAUCUUGAAGAUUGCGGCCUUUCUCGACAAAAGGCUAGAAAUGACUCUGAGCAAAGACGAGGCUACGCUGGAUGCAUUCUUGCAGACGAUCUCCGCUGAUGUCAUGAAAGUGUACUUCCUCGACGCCUGGGCGGCCACACAGCGAGACAUGCCCAGCGGCCGCAACCAUUCCAAGUCAGCAAACGACAAGCACUUGAGCGGCCCGUGUGAGCCGGAGGAAAAAGCCAGAGGCAGAAACACCAUCAGGAAAGGGGUUGUCGGAGACUGGAAGAAUUACUUCUCGGCAUCUCAGAUUGAACGCAUGAAGGCCAAAAUGGCGUCAAAGACUGUCCCACUCAAACAAUUACUUGAUGUUCUGUGGAAGAACGCCGACUUGCCAUAGACAGCUGAUGCUGCGCACACGCUGUGUGCGUGCAGAGUGAUUGCAGCACUUGCAUUGAUUCGCAAGCAUCAAUCUUGAGAAUAAAUUUACACAAAGUCGA